AUGAUUGUCAAUCUUAUUAUCACAUUAUUAAUCUUUGCCMCGUUGCGGCGUCAAAUGUGGAGAUUAUCGUUACACGGUCGAUUGUACCAAAUCACCGUCAAAACUCAGCACCCACCAAAUGGUACUGUAUCGGAAUGGAAAAGAAUAUUGGACGUUAAUGUUAUAGCAUUAAGUGUUUGUUCACGUGAAGCAGUGAGAUCCAUGAAUAGUCGCAACUUGGAAGACGCUCACAUAAUUCAUUUGAGCAGUAAUCUGGCGCAUUAUGUUCCUUCAUAUGGUCCAUUCCACUUCUAUUCUGCAACCAAACAUGCUGUACGAGCCCUCACAGAAGGGUUGCGACAAGAAUUAAGGGCAUUGAAAAGCCCCAUCAAAGUCACAUGUGUCAGUCCUGGUCUUGUGAAAUCAUCAAUUUUCAAGAAUUCAAUGGGAGAAAGUUUUGAUAAACAUUUAUAUGAAAAUUACCCUAGCAUCUCUCCAUCAGAUGUAGCAUCUACCAUUGAAUUUGUAUUGGCCACUCCUCCACACGUACAAGUGCAAGAUAUAAUCAUCAAACCUAUAGGUUCAGAGGCCUGAUUGAAAUUGAUUUUCAAAUCACAAACACAACAUGUCAUAAGGUUCAUCUCAAAAAAAAAACAUAAAAAUGUAUUAGUAAAUCAAACUUUACAUUUAAAUACA